CAUCUCCUUCAUAUCCCAAACAUACUACCAGUACUGAUCAUCAUCAUCAUCAACAUCAUCAUGGGACGACGAUACAAAGUAAAAGAAAUCCAAAUGCAUCUGUUGAUGGCAUUGGUCUUCCUGAUGAUCAUAAACAUAAUAAACAUGUUGCAACCCCAUCCGAGAAUUUGAACUCCAAGCGCAUUCCAAACUACCUGAGGGCUACCAAAAGCUCGAGCCUUGAUUCUUCUUCUAUUUCUAAUCAUAUUCAUGGCAAGAAACAAGCCUCAGCUUCCAAUUCCAAUAUUAAUAAUACUAUGGCCACCCAGACCCAAAAGCCCACUCCCAAUCUUGACAGAAAAAGAUCUUUUAACAAGCCUCCAUCACCUAAUUCUAAUAUUAAUAGCACUACGGCCACCCAGACCCAAAAGCCUACUCCAUAUCUCGAUAGAAGAAGAUCCUUUGACAAGCCUCCAUCACCUAAUUCCAAUAUUAUUAACACUACGGCCACCGAGACGCAAAAGCCCACUCCUUAUCUCGACAGAAGAAGAUCCUUUGACAAACCUCCAUCACCUAAUUCUCUUUUACAGAAAGCAAAUACUUUUGUUAACCCCACCAUCACAAUGAAUGAGAGAAAACUCAAAUCUUCUUCAUUAUCCAAUGCUACUGUACAAAGAACCUCUUCUCUGCCAAAACCCCACCACCACCACCACCAGCGCCAAGAGAAGUUGUUGAAAGCUCCCAUUCAUGGUGAGGACGUCAAAAAAUCUCACUCAUCAAUGGUAGUAAACACAAGAUCACCUACUAUGACUAGUAGUAGCAGUAAUAGUAGUAGUUGUAAUGUUAAGAAGAGCACUACAGGCACGUACACCGGCAUUAAUAAGAAGCAAAAAAAUGCUACUCCAUGUAGUGUUACUAUUGUUACGGCUACUGCUGCAUCAACCAAAGCUCCUACUGCUGCAAGUAGUACUACUACUGGUAGAUUUCCAGAAAUAGAUGAUAAUCCUCUAAUAUUGCUUGAGGAAUGUCACCAAGAAGAAGAUCAAGAAUAUUCAUUAGUUACUAAUGACGUUGAAGAAGAUUUGGUAAAGUUUGAAAGCAAGCAUAUUGAAUUUGCAACUGAUAUUAUUCCAAGACUACUGGAAAAAGAUCAUAAUAAUAAGGAACAUGUUGUCGAUGUAUCAAUUGUAGAAUUAGCUGAACCGGAGAAAAACCAACAUGAGGAUGUGAAUAAUAAUAUCCAACCUUAUGAGCUUAAGGGGACAAUUUCUUUAGAAGAUCAAAAUGCAUUAUGUCUAGAUGUUAAUAUGGUGGAAGGAGAAGCUGAAGAAACCAGUUGUAGGUCUAGCUCUAGCUGCAUUAAAAACAACCAUCAUAAAUUAGGAAGAGAAGUUCAUGACAAAGAUGAAAUCUACAGUGACAAAAGGAAUCACCCAGAGUUGAAAGUAGAAGAGAGUUUUGUAACCAAUUUGGAAGGAGAAGAGACUAGUGCAAAAGGGGAGAAGUCCUUGGAGGAGAAGGAGAAUGAAGAGACUAGUGCAAAAGAGGACAAGUUCUUGGAGGAGAAAGAAAAGAAGGAGAAGGAAGAGCAGCAACAAAUUGUCAAUGAAGAAGGAAGCAAAACAACACAGUCCAAGGAGAGAGAUCAUCAAGAAGAGGAAGAUCGUGAUGCUAGCCAUACAGUUCUAGUUACAAGCGAAGGAGGCAUAGAAGAAACAAAAGGAGAGGCAACAACAGAGCUUCUUCAACAAGGAGGACAAGUAAAAGUACAAGGGAAGACAAAUUCUCAUUCUCACUCUCAAGCAUACAAUGAUGUGAUCGAGGAGACAGCCAGCAAGCUUCGAGAGGAGAGAAAAAACAAGGUUAAAGCACUUGUUGGAGCCUUUGAAACUGUCAUUUCCUUGCAAGAAGAUACUCCUUGAGGAUGAGCCUAAACAUACACAAAUUGCUCCGCCCCAUGCCUAUCAUAUAUCACCAUAAACUGCAUGGGGAUGAGUUGAGACCAAUGUAUUUAUUCAUUAAUAUAUAAGGACUAGUUAUUGUCCCUAAUAUAUGGCAAUUUAGUCUUUCGGAUAUGAAAUGCAUGUUUAUGCAGUUCCUACAUGUAAUGUAACAUUAUUCCCAAUCAUUAAUGAAAUUGAGGGCUUGCCAAACUAAUUAACAAAUGAUUCCUGAUAACACAUUGAAACUUUGGG